GCAGUUUACACACCUUUCCGAGACGGUAAAAAUCUCUCUGCGUUCUCUCAAGAGAUGGCGUUGGUUAAGGCAAUGUUUCUUCUUGCGUUGGCCGCUCUAGGCUCAGCCCAUCCUCAAGUAGGGUACGAUAUCUCAGCCCCAUCGGCUGCCCCUGGGUACUCUUACGGCGCCCCUGACCUCCAAGGGGCUGCUUCCACCCUCAACGGAGUCGCAGCAGCAGGAGGAAGCGGAGACACCAUCGCUGAUUUGGCCGCUAACAUCCCCGGCGGAGGCGUCCCUGGGCAGGACUACCCUAUCCUGGCUUCAGUCCCAGACACCGGCUUCUCCUGCGCCGACCAGCAGUUCCCAGGGUACUACGCUGACACUGCUGACGAAGCCGGCUGCCAGGUCUUCCACAUCUGCCAGUUCGACGGCCGCCAGGACUCCUUCCUCUGCCCCAACGGCACCAUCUUCAACCAGCAGUACUUCGUCUGCGACUGGUGGUACAACGUCGACUGCGCCGCCUCCCAGCAGUUCGUCAGCCUCAACGCUGACAUCGGCAAAGUUUCUGACGAUGCCCUUGUAGGAGCUGCCUCUGACAUCUCCCUCUCCAACACCUACGGUGCCCCUCAGCAGGUCGCUGCUCCUUCAAGCAGCUACGGAGUUCCUGCUUGAACCUUGCAACACUUCAAGAGACACUAGACUUCUAAACUAUAAUAUAUUUAUUUUCUCAAAUCAGAAAUGGUAAUAUUAUGUAUAUCAAACAUUUAAUUUAUACACUCCAUCUAAUAAAAA